UUUCUGAAAUGCCACCCAACGUUCAACGUCUUCUUCCUGUCGAGGAAAGUCCACAAACAAGCAUUAUAGAUAAACCAGGAGAGGAGAAUAUGGAAACUAAGUGUCCAAGCCAAGAAGAAGGCCAGCAAAUUGACACGAGGACUAAAGUAGCAGUAAUCAGAGAGAAUAUGAAAAAAAUGAUAUUAAAUGGCUUCAGCAUGGCAAACUUACAUCACAUUACUUUACAAAUCUUGUAUGUGUGUUGUAAGUUGAAUAUGAAGUUUGAAAAACAUGAUUUUACUGAUCUCAUCAUUAAAAAUGGAGAAAGCAAUCUACCUAUCAUCCAAAAUUUUUUGUUAUACCUUCAAAAUCUUUGUAAUGAUCUGCUAAAAGCAACAGCUAGUACCAAACUGCAGAUAAUUCCCAAAAGAUGUUAUGAUGAUAUUAAAAAAGUGAAAGGUGCUGAUCAUAUUCUAAAAAAGAUUGGAUUCACCCCAGAUUCCUCCAAUGGAGCUAAAAUAUCGAAAAGUAUGAUUGCAGACAAGGCAGCACUCAUAUCAUGGAUUAUAGAUCUUGCUAUUGCACAGUGUGAACUGAUAAAUUAUAUGAAAGACAAACAUCCAUAUCCUGGCUUUAUAAAGAAACUCCUGGAAGAAUCUGAAGUGGAGCAAGGAUGUAGCAUUUGUGGACAACCAAAGCCCAAUAUGAUUUGUUCAUCUUGUGAAGAUAAACAAUUGUGCACUAGUUGUGAUGGUACCUGGCACUCACAUCCAAAGCGUGUUGACCAUAUACGUUCUCUAAUAAAAGAUACUUCUCCACCGAGUUUACUGUCUGGAAUUUCAAGUUUACAUCAGUCUGCAGAUCCAUAUAUCUCACAGAAACAAUAUCAAGAUGCUUUGGAUAUGGAUCCGAAGAAACUUGAACGUAUUUUACAAGACCUGAGUAAUACACUCGAGAGUAUGGAAUGUGACGAAAAUUUUAAUGCCAAAAAAAUUGAAUUGACACGCAAACGUACUGUUUUUACGAAUGUCUAUAUAAAGAAAGUUGAUAAAGAACUACAAAAAUUAAGUCAACAUAUUGAUAAUGUGGAUCGACACAUUCAAACUCUUGUAUUAGACGACAGGGAUUUUUAUGAACGAGAUGAAUAUGUAGCCCUUACUCAAGACAAACAGUUUAUCCAACAAAAAAUAUCUGAGUAUAGGGAAAAACAAAAAUAUUAUAUGCUUUUACCAUACAAGGAUGGUAAAUUAUUUCCCAGUCAUGCAUUAAGUCAGCAAGAAUAUGGUUAUAUGUCUGAUUCUCAAUUCAAUCGAGAUAACCACAGAUGUAAAGAUUCUUCAGUAAUGCUUUCUUCAAGUUAUGGUAAUUGGGAAAAAUCUCCAGUGCAUAAACCUCCAAUGGUGCUCAGUGAUAAUUAUCUUGAAUUCCAAGACAUAAAUUUCUCUGUGCCACCUGAAUCUAGUCAGCUAGAUGAACUUGCACACUUAAUAGGAAAAUCUCCACAGAAAACACCGCCUUUAACAACACUUUUCUCAAGUUUUGGUGGUAUUCCUGAUGAUGAUAGUGGAAUAAUUUAUUGGAAAUGUUCUACAUGUGGCCAUAAAAAUUCUCCAGACAGGGAAAAAUGUUUUAAUUGUGACAAGUGGAAAGAAUGCAAAACUAGAAAAGACACACCUUCUUUUACUGAAGCAAAUGAAAAUAUGUCUACAACUUUCCAAACGGUUGCUGCUGAACAAGAUCAAAUUUUGUUAGAGAAAAAAAUAGCUCAACAACAAUACAGAAACUCUCUUCAAAUGUUGUCUGAAGGCAACAACCCUUUUGAUUAUGAAUCUGCAAUAGAACCUACAUCUCCAUGCAGAACAGUGAAUCAACCAUGUAUCAAUUUAGAAGAUGAUAGAAAAAACCUGAGCUUUAACAAAGUUGACAUGGCCACAGCAUCUCCUGAUGGUCCGGAUAAAAUUGAAAGGGUUAAAGUUUCAUCUGAAGAUCUGUCUCAAACCGGUGGGAUGAAAGCUUUGCCUGAAGAUCUGCAUAAAAUUGACGAGAAAAGGAGUCGAAUUGAGAUGGUAGUUGAAGCUGGAGAAAUUGUCAAACAGUUACGGCUUGCUGAACAACAAGGGAUUGAUGUUGAUACAAUGGUGAUAGCACUUGAGAAUGUAGAUGAUUCAGUUACUCCAAUGGAAUGGAUCCAGACCCAAUGGCCAGAUUAUAUCACAACUGCUACAGCCUUGAUUCUUAACCGAAUUGGAGUCCAGUUUCAUAAAGAAGAAGUAACCUGUGCCUUGAAGAAGCAUAAAGGCAAUGUAGAUAAAGCUGUCGAAGAAUGUACUCAUUCUUAUCAAAAAAAGCUUAAAAAGUCGCAAGAAUUUGGCAAUUUCUCUGAAGAAGAUUUCAAACAAGCUUUUCAGAAACAUAGUGGAGAUGUUGAUCUAAUACUCCAAGAGUUAUUUACACCUAGUUUAGAUGAAUACGAGAAAAGAAUUUGGGCUAUAAAUGAGCCUCUCAAUCGAUCGUUAUCAGCUGACUUAAUUAACCUUUUAAAAGACAAUCAAAUAGAUGUCCAAAGACGUGUUAGGGCAGCCUAUUCUGAAAUUGCAUUCAAAGGUUGGCGCCGAGCUGAAUAUGUUGUAGGUAUUAUUGACAAAAGUCUCCAAACUCUUGAGAACUGUGAUAUUGCUGAUAUUGUUGAAAUAGUGCAGAAUACAACUAGUAUGGACCUUGCUUUGAAACAGUUGAAAAUUGAAUGCAAAAUCUGCUUCAAUUCUCACCCCCAAACCAAAAUUAUGACACUUUGUUCGUGUGAUUGUAAAUUUUGUAUUGGAUGUUUCCAACAAUAUUUUGAGCUGAAGAUAAAUAAUGAACCUGUUGUUACUUGGACUUGUCCUAUAUGUGGCUUACCUGAACUUAGUGAAUCUGACACAGUUCGUAAUUAUUUCAACAUUUUAGGCCUCCAGAUUAAACAAAAUAAUUUUAGUCAAAAGACUAAUAUUUUGUAUGAGACCAAACUACGUGAUUGGCACUUACAGAGGGAUCCUAACUUCCGCUGGUGUCAGCAGUGUGGUGGUGGUUUUCUGUUUGAUGGAAAAGGACUGAAGAUGAGUUGUCCAUUUUGUAACAGAGCGAUGUGUUUUAAAUGUGAGAAAGUGUGGGGUGAUCAGCACCAGAAUCUAAGUUGUGAAAAAUACAAUGAAUGGUUGAUUAAUAAUCAUCCAGAAAAUCAAGCACAAGGUCUUGAAAUGAUACUCAAAAAGAAUGGAAUUAUCUGUCCACUGUGUAAAUAUGUUUACUUCCUAAGUAAAGGUGGUUGUAUUCAUUUUACCUGCAAAGAAUGCCGACAUCAGUUUUGUUCUGGCUGCCAGAAAAGAUUUUACUCAAAAGAUGAAUGCAAAAAAUUCAAAAGCUGUUGCACAAAAGGUAUCCAUGCCCAUCAUCCAAGAAACUGUCUAUAUUACCUGCGAGACAACCACAUUCAAGAGCUUCAGAAAUUACUUCAGAUGAGUCAUGUAAAUUUUGACACAGAAUCUAAAGAACAAGUCGAUGUGUGUCCUGUGAUUGAACAGAAAGAAAUCUCGUCUGAUACUUUCAAAGAUGCCAAAUGUGGUAAAUGUGUUUCACCGAAUAACGCUGGUUUUUGCACGGACCAUUACAAGGAAUAUUUAAUAACGUUGAUCAAUGAAAACAAAGUCGACCCUAUUGAGUUGUUCACAAAACAGAACAUUAUACAAGUUCUUUCUCGCUAUGACAAAACUGCCCCAGACCAAGGCAAUCAGUCAGAAAGUGAAUAUAUCAACACUCUCAAAAAGUUGCUGCAGCAAGUUGAACCAAUUUUGAAAUGAAAGCCUGACUGAUAGUUUUAUUUUUGUUAACAUGAGAUAUAUUUUGUUAAUUUAUUUAAUUUUUUUUUUUGAUUUGUUAACAUUCUGAGUCGUAGGAAAUGGUACUCUUGGCAGAGCAGCAUUUAAUUACAAGAAUUGCAUAAGUUUUUAAUCUUCAUCAAGUUAAAAAUGGACAAGCGAAUGUAUAGUGUACAGAUUGGAUUGGAGUCUAUGGAUUAGUCAUGUAUAUAGAGAAAGCAUGGUUGAAUGGUAAUGUAGACCACUUUGUAGCCAUUGGUCCUAAGUUCAAUCUCACCAUGUGGCACUUUGACCAUGUGUCUUCUGUCCUAGCCUUUCAACUUUAUGAGUGGAAUUUAAUUAGUUUCUGUCUGCCAAAUUUCACUCAUAAAACUGAAAGCUAUGGUAAAAGACACACAUACGUGUGUAUGUAUUUAUCUGUGUGUGUGUGUGUGUUUGUGUAUAUGUGCGCAUGUUUGUGUGUAUAUGUGCGCAUGUUUGUGUGUGUAUGUGUGCAUGUGUAUAUGCACGUGUGUAUAUAUGUGUACAUGUGUGUUUAUGUGUGCAUGUGUGUAUACAUGUGUGCAUGUGCGUUUAUUUAUGUGUGCGUGUAUGUGUGUGUAUAUGUAUGUGCGUGUGCAUGUAUGUUUGUAUAUAUUUGUGUGUGUGUGUGUAUAUGAGUGCAUGUAUUUAUAUGUGUGUGUAUAUAUAAUAUGCAUUUUUCUGGCUAUAAUAGUCUAGUACCUUUUAAUCUGAAAAAAUUACUAGAGAGUACUUGAAAUCCCCAUGGUUGGCAGUUUAGCUCACAGAUGGCAUUGUGUGUAUUUUGUGUUCACAUGCACUAUUUACACUGCACUUGUUAGUGGUGAUACCAAAAUUUUGAGAGCUCCUCUGCUUAUUUAGCUUAAUGUUAUCUUUAUUUUUGACUUGUGUAGUAAGAGAGCUGAUAGCAUCAUUGGCAAUGUCAAACAUAAACACCAAUCAAUAUCAAUAAAGUAAAACUAAUGAAAAUAAUGAACUGGGAUGUCUCAGUACAUAAGUUGUGUGAUAUCUAUGGUAGUUGGAUGAAGGAUUCAGUGCAAUCCACAGAUCUGGUUUUCCAGUUAUACAAAAUUUAAACUGAGCUGAAGAUAUAGUGCAAUGUGACACUCUAGAUGUGUUGCACUUUCUCCACUUACCAGCCUAUUUCUGUAUACUUGCAGAUUCUUGUGGUGGUCACAGUAGAUAUGAAACAGUGUGGACUCUGUUGGUAUUCAAACAAAUGCUGACAGCCGUAAUGUCGACAAAUAUCAUUCAUUGUAAUUUUUCUCAACCGCCAAGUGGAAUUGCUAUUACUUGGAACAACAUAGCAUUCAGAUUUUCUUACAAUUUACCUAGUUUUUGUUUAUAAUAAAAUAUGCUUUUGUUUUGAGUUUUUUCAUUAAAAAUUUAUAAUAAAUUGCAAACAUAAAUCUUUCAACAUUUUCUUUUUAAUUAACUUCUUUUAAUAAGUGGUAAAAAAAUUUUAAAAACAAUGCUAACAAAGCUUGAAUAAAUAACUAGCACACUGUUCUAGAUAAUACAGUCUGAUAGAAUUUUAAUUGGUGUAAGCUUACACAGUGGGUUUCUAAAGUGUCCAUAUGAUCAAUAAAUAUAUUUAUAGCAAAUAUACCUCAUAUAAUUACAAAUCUUGAAAACUGCACCAAACAACUAGCACUAAAAGCAAGAAUACUGUGUUAGUCAACCAAUUAAAUGAACAGAAUACUUAACCCUUUAGCACUUAAACCAGCCAUAUCUGACCCAAAUAUUCAAAUUGGCCAAAUCUGACCUCUCACAGCUAUUCUGCAUUGUCAUACUAAAAGAUAAACAAUCAAUCAGAAUUUCAAAGUUAAUAGAUAAUGCAUGAUUAAUUCAAAUGGACAUGAAUAAAUAAGCAUUACGUUUGACAGAAAUCUGAGUGCUAAGGAAUUAAUACUAAUGAAUUAUAGGUCUUGUGUUUAGAUUUCACAACAGAAAAUCAGUUUUGGCAUCAAAUUUUCUUCUAUAUGUCUCUACUGGUAAUCCAGUAACUGUACCAUUUGACUAUACUUAAUUCACAUCCAGAUGAAAAGUAAUUCUUAAUAUGCAUCAGAUCAUUUUAAGAGAGAUACCUCAUGUCUGUUCCUUGAUUAGCUGAUUUUAAUUGAAAUCAUACGAGUGAAUUCAGAAUCAGUUCUAGAGAUUUGAAAUGUCCCAUGAGUGCCAAUAACAGUUAAGGUCUUCAAAAAUCAACAUUUCUAAGCAAAUGAAUAGUAUGAUAUGUCAGUAAAUGAAUUAAUCAAAUCAUUUUUAACUUUCUCGGAUACGAUUAAUUUUAAAUCCAAAUACUGUUGGAUUACUUUUGCAGCCAUAUUUUCUGUUUUUAAAGUAGCAGACUAGUUUUGUAUUAUGUUUUUCCCACUCUCUACUGCAGAUUCAAAAUAUUUUGCAUUUGUAUUGAAUCUAAAAACUCCCAUUCUUUUAACUCAUCUAGAAAGCUCUCAUCUAAAUGAAGGCAUCACAUAUUUCCAAUGAAUGCAAUUUAGAAAUCUACAUCUGAAUGAGCCGAGAAGCUCUUUUACUUUUUCAGUCAAGUGAACAGUAUCAUAAAGAUAUUGCAAUCAUGAUUUAUUCAUUCUUACCAUUUUUGGCAUUCUACUGUGUUUUUACUCUGUUCAAACAAGAUUUCUGUAGGUAUUUGCAGAAUGUUGUCAAAUCAUAUAAAACUUUAUCAAGAACACUUAUUGCAAUUCUUUGCUAUGUCAGAAUCUUGAGAUUCAUUUGCUCUUCAUUGUAAUAUUAAUUCAUUGUAAUUUUUUCACUAGAGCAGCUACAGCAAGAAUUCCUUGAAAGCCUUCCUACUUCAUUUAGAGGUCUAAAUGAUAAUGUAUCACACUCUGCAGUGCUAGUUAAUUCUGCGAGUUUUCCUUUUACAAUUGAUGAUCUAUUAAGUAUUGUAUAUACUUUGGCAACACAUUCGUAGUAGUUUCUUCCUUGCAUCAUCCAACCCCAAGUUUUCACUGUGAAUAACAACACUGUUGUUAUGAUAGAUGAUUUCCUUUAUCAUUUUAGAACAGCUGUGAUCCCAUUAUUUUUUCCUUGCAUAAUUUGCACUCCAUCCGAUUUAAACAUCACCAUCCUUUGAAGCUCAAGAUUGCCGUGAAUGUAAAGAUUCUUUAUUGCUACCAUGAUGCUGACACUGUUAGCUUCAAAAUACCAGCAAAUGUAGUCAUAUGAAAAAUUUCAUUUUGCAAACAGCAUUUAACAUACAAUAAUAACAUUCUUUGGAUGGAGCUAUUAGUACUUUUGUCAACAAAAACUUGUAUGGAAAGCGGAUUUCUUCAACUCAUCUAUUUUCUAUCUUUGAAAAAUAACAUUGAUGCAUUUGACAGAUUCAAGAGCAUAUUCUUUGUCCUACCAACCUUCAGGAAUGUUUACAUAUUUGGCUAGUGUGAAUUAAUGUGUUGAAUAGAAUGUAUUGAAGUGUAAAUUUUAACUGGUGGAAUAACAUUAUCUACUAAAUCUUUAACCAUAUCAGCAGUAAACCUUUACCAGACAGGCCUCCUGGUUUCCUUUAAAUUUUUGCUUAUGGUGUUUCUUGUUAGCAUUCCCAAAAUAUUACCUUUCUUUAGGUUUCCUAAUUUAGUGAGGGUGUCCAAACAAAUGCAUUCUUAAGAUGUCAUUUUCAAAUCCAACUCCAAUUUUUCUGUAGUAAAUUUUCUUCAAAUUUUUGCUUUGGUGCAAAUGGUACAGAUAACAUCACCUGCAUCUUGGUUCAUGCAAACAUCUGCUAUUGUUACUUUCUGUUUUUAGUGCAAAGAUAGUAAUUUGUUUUCUACAAGAUGUGAAAGUCAUUUUUGCUUAUAAUUGGAGCAAGUUUUCUGUAUUUUUUUUUUAUUUUGAUGUUUCUUCAUAGUUUCUUUUGAUAUUGUGACAGCAUUUUUAUCUUUAUAGCCAUGCAUUAAAAAACAGAAAUCUGUCAAAAAUAUACUUGCACCAUUGUCUAUUGUUAUUUUGAUAGCUUCCCUAGAAAUAGCUAUUGAAUGAAGCUGCAAUGCAAGUGACAAUAUGAUUUGUGGGGAAUCCUGUUCUCAAUUUUGAGAAGUAACAGAAAUGUAUAUUGUGAGGAAGAAGAAGGAUCUAACAUUUUUGACACUUGUUCUUCUCUAGAGAGAAAGAUUACAUUAGUGAAUCAGUUAGGAUGCCAAAAUGUGGAAUUGAGAAAAUGAAGGAAAUGGGAAAGGUAUGUCAAAAGGUGGAUAUAGAAAGAGAAAGCAAUUGUUUUGGGUUAACCAAGUGUUUAUGGCAUAAAAUCCAGUAUUUGGAGUUAACAUGUUGGAAUUUCAAUCCAGUACAUGCUUUCUUUAUCAAGCAGCUGUGAGUUUCUAGCACUUGUUCCUCCCUGUAUGCUGUGUGUAUAAUGAACUUGUGGAUUCCUACAAGAAACAUACAAACUAUGCAAGUCUUGGGAAUAUUUUCAAAGUGCCCAGUCUUUGAAACUAGACUACUGUAUGUUUACAACUAACUUAAAUUAAAUUUACUCAGAACAACCAAUUCUCUGGAGGGUUGGUAUCAAGCUUUCAAGAGUUUUGAUAAUCCUCUCAACCGAGCCUUAAAAACAUUAAGAAAAUCCAGCUAGAGCAAACUAACACUGAAUUUUCAAAUAAAUAUCUCUUGGGGUUAAUGCAAUGUGAACAAGUAAAAAAUAUAUCAAUGUUAAUGAUUAUACUAAAAAGUUACUCUCAACCAACAGCAUAUUUUCCUAAAUGUCAUUGGCUCAGACUUUAUAGUUUAGUAAUUUUAAUUUUAAGACUAGUUGUUUUUGACAACUUUCAGCUUUUUAAUAUAUUAUUAAGUUUUGUAAAUAUUGUAUUAUUAAAUUAUUAAUUUUUUUUUUUAUUAAAUACAAAUUUCUGGCAACUUCCUUCCAUGUAAUAGUGGAAGAAAGUUGCCAAUUUCAGUUUUAAAAUAAAUUAUUUUUUUAAAAUUAGUUUUUCUUAAUAAAAUCUUGGUAUUUUGAAUAUCAACAAUUUGACUGGAGUUUUGUCUUGUGAGUAUUUUGAUUGUUGACAUUUUGGUAAGAGCACAACUGUUAAGUUCAUUUGCAUUGUUAGCAGUGUGCUUCCUAGCACUUUGUUCAAGGCUAUUGAAGCUAGAUUGAGUGGAAGAGAUAGAGAUUUGUUUGAAUGCUCUUUUGCACCUCUGUGUUUGGAAGUGAUUCACCUUGUAGUGGCAAUAACUUUGAAGGUUAAAGAUCGCUGUGGAAACAAACUGUGCCCUCUCACAUGUUCGAGUUGUCUUUCAUUUUUAGUAUUUUUGUCUCUUUGUGUAUGCAGUCCAUAUAUAAGCUGUGAUGAUGAGUAGUGUUCUGCUCAUGUACUUUGUAGUUUAUUGUACUUUAUUGUGAAAAGGCAUGACUGUGUCUUUAAGAAGCUUGUUUCCCAAUUAUGUGGUCUUGGGGUCAGUCCUACUGCUCAGUAUCUUGGGCAAGGGUCUUCUACUAUAGCUCCAUGUCGUCCAAAACCUUGUGAGUGGAUUUCAUAAGCAAAAACUGAAAGAAACCUGUCGUAUAUAUGUGUGUGUUCCCUUGUCUAGACAUCACCUGAUGGUUGUAAAUGAGCAUCAAGCAAGGUUGUUUGUUUCUAGUCUUCCAUGAAAAACAUGUCUAGCUUUGAGGGAAUAUUACUUUGAUUGGAAACAGGUGAAGGUUGAUAGCAAGAAGAGCACCAUGCUGUAGAAAAUCUCUCAACAAAUACUGUGAUCCAUGCAAGCAUAGAAAAAGGGAAUGUUAAAUGAUGAUUUAAUAAGAUGAUAGUGAUAAGGUUUGUAGGUUGGCAUAAUCUCUGAUGGAUCUAAUGUAGUGUUUAUACACCAGUUUUUUUUUUUUUCUGCUGGCAAAAUAUAGUUCCUGUGUUUGUUCUGAUUUUCUUUUCUUUACCAUAUCUAUGUUGUGAUGGUAUUGUAUGUAAUAUCGUGGAGGUGCAAUGGUCCAGUGGUUAGGGCAGCAGACUCACAGUCUUAGGAUUGCGGUUUCAAUUCCCAGACCGGGCGUUGUGAGUGUUUAAUUGAGCGAAAAUAUCUAAAGCUCCACGAGGCUCCGGCAGAGGAGUGGUGGGGAACCCUGCUGUACUCUUUCACCACAACUUUCUCUCACUCUUUCUUCCUGCUUCUGUUGUACCUGUAUUUCAAAGAGCCAGCCUUGUCACUCUGUGUCACGCUGAAUCUCCCCGAGAACUACAUUAAGGGUACAUGUGUCUGUGGAGUGCUCAGCCACUUGCACGUAAUUUCACGAGCAGGCUAUUCUGUUGAUUGGAUCAACUGGAACCCUCGUCGUCGUAACUGACGGAGUGUCACCAUGUAAUAUCUAACAUCUUUGUCUUUUGUGUGAGUUAUGUUUAUAUUAUUAAGGAUGACUGGAGCUCAUAGAAUCAAUUACCCAAUUUCCAUGACGUAUAAGUGACUGAGCUCACAAAUUUCUUUCUGAAAGGGAUGGUUAGUCUGUUGCAAGCUUAAUCAUUUAGAGUCAAGUGGACUGAAGCAUUGUGAAAUGAUGUGUUUUGCACAAGAACACUAUGAAAUUCCUGGUGCAGGAAUCAAAACCACUACCUUGCAAUCCUGAGUGCAACAUGCUAACCAUUAGGUUCACUGAAGGUGACAGAUAAACAGGAGAUUAUUUUACUUGGUGCUUUGUUGGGUUUUAGGGGGAAAAAAUGAUUUUGUUAGCUUCCAUAUUCUUGGAAAAUAUAGAACCAAAUGUAGAUUUUGGUAUGCAGUGAUUCUUUUCAGCUUCCGGUAUUUUAGGUGUAAAUUGUAAUUUUGUGUGGUUCUGAGAGUUUUACAUUUUUAGGUUUUCUUGUUACUUUUUUUGGUAUCUUAUGGAAGGACAAGAUAAAAAUCAUGAUCAAGAUGUAUAGGUGUUUAAUUAUUGCAUUGUAGUCUUGUCUUGUUUGUGUAGUUUUUGUUGGCUGAUUUUGGAGAAAUGUCAGCUAAGAGCUUUUGCUUGAUGUUGGAGUGUAUGUUAUUUCAGGUCAUUAUGAUAUGGCUGUUAUUGAUACUGCUGCUAAUUGCUCCAUAGUGUUCUACUGUUUGUUUCAUUGUUUAUGUUGGAUAUAAACAUUUACCAGUUUUCUCUUUUCUACAGUUUAUUUUUUUUUUAUUUCCUGUGUUGCUUGUCAUUGAGUUUUAUUUUUGGAUGUGUUUGGUUUAUUUUUUGGUGUCAGGUUUGAGGUUUGGUCAUUUCUGGAGUGUAAUUGUGUUCUUUUAUGUUGCCUUAUGAGAUUUUUUUUCGUAGUUGAAUUUAUAAUGUUUUUACUGAAAAUUUCUGCUGCAAUUUCCAUGUUGGUAAUUGUGAUGUUGAAUUCUUAAAAGAAAAAGAAAAAACCUGUUCUUGCUAAUGGUGAAACUUGUUUCAAUGGUUUAAAAAAAUUUUUUUUUAAAGAAGAGUGCUAAAGUGUUUUUACCUUUUGACAAGACUUAUUUUUCUCUCUGUCAGUUUGAGAAUUCCUGAAUCCAACCUAUAGGUUCACCCUGAAACUUUUUCUCUUCUCCCUUAGGGAUAGUUUAAUCAUUAUUGAUUUCUGUAUAGGUUCAGAACAAGUCUGAGAAAAUAUGCAAUCCAUUUGCUCACUUUUAUAUUUUUCCAGGUUGUUUAUGAAGAGUGUUAAUUGUAUUUGUCAUGAUAUGUAUAAUUGUUUGUGAGGAUAGUUUUAAGUAAUUAAUCAGAAGUAGUAUAUGGAUUAAUAAGUAACAAUAGUUCAUGUAAUAGGAAGGGUAUCCUGUUGCAAAAAACCAUACUGAAAAUAUCACACACUUACAACAAAGAUUGGCAUUUUUUUUCUCCGAUGUUGUAUGUAUGAAAUGAUGAAAGACUAUGACAAGUGGCGAGACUGUGCUGGAGUAAACCUGUCCAACCUACACAAAUAUAGAAAAACAAAUGUAAAUUGAUAAUAUUACAGAUCUAUGAUAAUGGUCCCUUAAAAAGAAUGAGGUGUUUCAUUAGAGAUCAGGUAAUUAAGUAAUUAAAAAAGAGCUCAAAAGUUAUUUCUGAGUACCAUUCCUAUGUUUUAAAUAAAACUUUUGAAGAAAUUUAUUGUUUAAAUAUUUUUUUGUUUAAAAGUAGGACGAAUGUAAAUAAAAAGAAUAUAAAUUAAAAGUUUUGUUACUUUCUGUUGUCAACUUCUGUGAAAUAAUUCAAGUUAUUUCUUCACUGUUUCAUCUCAUCUGCAUGGAAAUUUUCCAUAAACAACCAACAAAUCCAUCGAUAAUUUAUAUUUAUUUAGCAAUGGUUCAAAUAUUGUACAAAUUCCUAGAAUUAUUGCAAAACCAAUUCAUUUCCAUUGCUUGAAAUAACAGAACAAUUAUUUUCAGUUUUAUUUUCAUGAUUCACAAUAAAAAUCUAUCGCUAUUCUUUUGUAUUAACAUCUUUUAUCUUUUUUAAUCUAAAACUUGUGAUAAUAUACAUUUGUGAUAAUAUACAUGCAGUGAUGUGUUUGUUACAUUAUCUAAUGAACAGGCCAUUCAUUAAUUUUUCAAAUGAAAUAAAAUUACUUUGAUAAUUUCUUA